GAUCAUUUUUCUAAAAAAAAAUUAGUGAGCAUAAAAAUAUAUUGAGUAGUUUAUUGUCGACAAAAUGUCAAAGCCUAUAUUAUAUACAGGUAUAUUGUGUUUAAUAGUAGGUAUUGAAUUAGCAAUAACAAAAGCUGCUCCACAAUCGGAUCUGAAAGAUUUAGAAAACUUGUUGCAAGUGCUAAAGGAAAAUUGUGUAAAGAAAUCCAAAAUUUCAAAGAACUUAUUGGCCAAUAUUAAAAAUGGUAUAUUUGAAGACGAUGCUAAGUCAAAAGCUUAUGUUGCUUGCAACUGGUUGGACUCAACUGUGAUAGACGAGCAGGGAAAUUUAAAUGUGGAUCUAGUUGACCAGAUUCUUCCACCCUCCAAGAAACCUCAAUUGUCGAACUUGAUUAUAAGGUGUCAUAAAGCACAACCAAAAAAUCAAUCUGCCGAAGAUAUUAUAUACGGAAUGGCAAAAUGUAUAUACCCUGAAGACUCAUCAUUGGUUAUUUGAAAUAAAAUAAUCAAACGUUCCCAUUUCUACGAUAAUAGACGUUCCAAUUUCUAUGAAGAUGAAUUUAUUUUUGUAUUGUUUUUACUCUUUAUAAAUAAAUCAAUAAAAUACUAAUUUUUUAA